AUGGACGGCGCAGGCGGCAUGGACGCAGCCACAGAACAUGACGCCGGUUCGCGCAGGGAGCGGCCGUGGCUCUAUGCAUCGAACCGCAAGCUUCGACAUCUUCAUGGCAUUUCCGUUCGUAACCUCGUGGUCACUCCACCCCCAACGCGAGGUCGUGGCAAGACGAUUGAUGACGACGAUAUCCCCAAUACCUUGAAGUCGCCCUCGAAGAUUCUAGCACAGAAUGAGAAUCACUCGAUACAUCCCUCGCGGUCUUUUACAGACCUCAAGUCGCGCGCAAGUCAAGAGAAUCAUGCAGACAAGAAGCCCGACAGGUACCAGUUGCGACGCCGAAGUACUAUGUUUUGGAACGAUCCCAACCCUCGAACAAGACAGAUCAGACUGGAGGAUAUUACUAAAAACCGCAUGGCGGAUACUUUUUUCUCAAUUCAUUGCCAGGGUAUCGAUGAACCAAUCUACAUUAGCGAAGUGGUCGACAAGGCAACCAAUCCUAAUUUCCGAUCGUUUGACUUGAAUUCCUCUGGACCUUUGGUCUCCCGAAGGGACACAUUGACCGUCAAGCUCUGGGCAAAGACGGAGAAUUUACCUGAAUAUGAGCUGCUCGUUGAGUUACAAUUGAACCUACGAUCGCUCCAGUUCUUGGGGAAGACGAUUGAGAACUUCCAUCAACCACUUCCAACCAAUUGUAUCUUGUUUCAUUUCCCUGACGGGGUUUACACGAAUCUGACAGACCUUCCCCCGGUUGAGCCAUUCCUCAAUGGCGCAAGACAGCGGGCGAAUCCUGAUGGAACCACGCUACCUACCUCUUCCUAUGAUGCAUUGAUGCGGUUGGCCAAUCUGGAUGAGUGUAUCCAGGAUGCCCUAGCAACUCGGGAGAGAUUGGAAACGCAGAUUGGAGACAUUCUGAAAAGUAACGAAGGCGCCCUGGAGACCGAGAGCAAUGCUGCCCAAGCGGAAGACCGCCUUUCAUCUAUCAAACAUGCUGUGUUGGCCGAGAGAAAGCAAAUCAGAGCCAGCACAAAGCGAAAAGAGGAACUUGCUGCCAGUAUUAAAGCUCGCAAAGAAGCCAUGGAGCUAGGUCGGCUCACGCAGGAAAAGGCCCAAGGCCAUCUCCCGGAUGCUCAAGAGAAGUUGGUCUCCUGUGAGAAAUUGCUCCACCGGAAUUCGGAAGAUACAAAGGGCCAGAUAAGUCGUAUUGCGGAAGAUUUGUCGCUCAUCUACCCCAUUGAACCAAUUCCCGACAAGUCACUUGCUUUUACCAUCUCUGGACUGCCGCUCCCCAACUCAAACUUCGAAGACACCGACCGCGAAGUGGUUGCAGCAGCACUGGGAUACACCGCUCAUCUUGUAUACCUGCUAUCUUUCUACAUGUCGGUGGCCAUCCCUUACCCAAUCAACCCAAACCAGUCGACCUCCUUGAUCCAGGACCCCGUGUCCCAGGACCUUCCACAGCGCACUUUCCCCUUGUACCCGGGCAGCGUGAACUAUCGCUUCGAGUACGGUGUCUUCCUUCUAAAUAAAGACAUCGAGUUCCUUCUCAACAAGACAGGCACCCGCGGUCUGGAUAUUCGUCACACCCUCCCCAACCUCAAAUACCUCCUUUACAUACUCACCGCUGGCGUGUCUGCGAUUCCGGCACGGAAGGCUGGAGGCAUUCGGGGACUUCUUUCUGGCCGGUUGACACCCAAUUUGUCUCGACGCGGUAGUAUGGACAGCGCUGCCUCUGGCGAGUUGGUGCAUCCUCACAAGGCUUGGGACGUGAUUUCUAGGAUUAAUGGACAUGCCGUGAACGGCGCCCCCAAGACGGCAAAUCAGCCGCCCUCGCCCCGUGUGGCAUAA